AAACUUUCAACCUUUUGCUACUAACACGCACUUGACGGAAUCUUGUUAUUGAGCUUGAAUUCAAGUUUGAAACCAACAUUUCCGUAGAACUUUGAGCGCUGUAUCUUGAUUAACGUAUCGACGCUUUGGCAGAGCUUUGAUAGAUCUGGCUUACCUCUGCUCUGAAUGACCGCAUGCCUUCAGUAUCUUGUCCAAUAUGUCUACAACCUGUUUUGGAGGAGAACAUCAAUAAACAUCUAGACAGUGGCUGUAGUAUUCAUGUGGCGCCUCAAGGGGAAUCCUCCUCUCAACCCAAAAACAUGGCACCCAAGAAGUUGGCGCCGAUAUUCAGCAAGACCCGUGACAAGCACACCAGCGCUCUGGCUGAUGGCCCUUCAGUACCUCCAUCGAUGACCCAAGACACGCCCACUACCUCCAAGAAACGAAAGUUUGAGAUGCCAUCACUAUCGGGUAAACGCUUCAAGGGCAUGUCUUCUAACUUCAAGUCCGCCAUGCCUCUUGCGGAAAGGCUUCGCCCACAAUGCCUGGACGAAUUUUUCGGGCAGAAGCACUUAAUUGGCCCCGACUCUAUUCUGAUGAGUAUGCUAGACAGUGGUAUUAUUGGCAGUCUCAUAUUAUGGGGACCACCUGGCUGCGGAAAAACCACUUUGGCAAGAUUAUUGGCACGGCACAUGGACUGCAAUUUCAGAGAGCUAAGCGCGACUUCUUCUGGUACGAACGAUGUCCGCGCAGUGUUCGAAGAGGCUAAAGCAACUCUCUCAUUGACUGGAAGAAAAACAAUACUGUUCUUGGAUGAGGUACAUCGUUUCAGCAAGGCGCAACAGGAUGUCUUCCUUCCAUGUAUUGAGCAGGGCCAAAUACAGAAGAUGAUUGGAGCGACGACUGAGAAUCCGUCAUUCAGGCUGACAGGUGCCUUGCUGAGUCGUUGUAGAGUGUUAGUACUUGAGCGCUUGACAAACGAUGAUAUCCGGAGUAUUAUCACUAGUGCUGUGGAGCGAGUCUUGACAUCCGUCCCCCGUGAACAACCAGAAGCUAAUCCACUAGUGGGUACAGAACCCAUGGCAUCGCAAAAUGUGCUGUCUCGGUCUCAACCUCAGUCUCAGUCCUCGCAGGCGCCUAUCAGUUGCGAUGGUCCAUUUCAGCCGUACGCCCAACUCACAGACCGCGUCAUGUCUUCCAUUGUAUCUCUUUCUACGGGAGAUGCACGGACUGCGUUGUCUUUGCUAGAACUCGUUCUGGCUUCUAAACCUGAUAGAGAUGAACAUACCCUUCUCGUAUCAUUACGCCAAAGUGUCUCUACUUCUUACGAUCGAGUAGGGGAGAGCCACUACGACAUGAUUUCAGCGCUCCACAAGAGCAUCCGCGGUAGCCACGGUAGUGCUGCGAUGUACUGGCUAGCACGGAUGCUGACAGUAGGAGAGGACCCAUUGUAUAUCGCGAGAAGAUUGGUUGUCUGUGCAAGCGAAGAUAUUGGGUUGGCUGAUGCGCAUGCCCUUCCUUUGGCAAUGGCAGCUCUUCAAGCUUGCCAGGUUAUUGGAAUGCCCGAGUGCCGAAUCAACCUAGCGCACUGUGUAGGUUAUCUGUCAGAAGCGCCGAAAUGUACCCGUGCGUACGAGGCAUACAACCGGGCGGAGGUAGCGGCAAAGUUAGACCCGACAAUGCCUGUGCCCAUGGCGGCCCGUAAUGCUCCGACGGCCCUCAUGAAGGAGCUUGGCUAUGCUGAAGGCUAUAAUUAUAACCCAAGCUUUCGGCAUCCCGUGCACAAUGAGUACCUCCCGAUUGCGUUUCGCGGCGAUGAAUUUUUAAAGGAAGUUGGAGACCUGUCUGACAAGGAUUGGAAUGAAAAAGAGUUAUUGCGUUGGGAGCAAGAAGAGAAUGGCGGACGGUUAUGGGAAGGUCGCUCAUCUGCUCAACAGCGUCGUUGAACUCUGUAUCGUUUGGCUGCGGUUGAUCCCUCCCUUAAUAAGUUACUGUGCCAUUGAACAACGAGUCUCUCGGAUCUGCCGUUGCAAAGAAUCACAUGCCUCGUUCACACGUUUCAUGAAAUUCCUCGAUGCACUAGGUGGCAUAUGUGAGCGCGGAUAAUCUUUUUAGUCGUACAUGUACAAUUUAGGGUUAAAUCACAGAGAUAGAAAGGUC